UUUUUUCCUUUUCCAGAGAAUAAAUUAAAAAGGGAAAUCAAAUUAUUGUUUCGAGGUGCGUGGAAUCGGCGAGCGGGUUCGGUUCGCACACGGCGCACGCAAACGCCAGGACUAUGAUGAUCCACUGUAGUGCGCCGCCUGGUGGGUGUACAAGUAAUGCCUCCUCAAUGUCCUCAUUAUGCCUUCCCUCCUUACGUUGCAGUCCUUCGUUUGUCCUCCUCCCUCGCAGCCCCUCCUCCUCUCCGAAGCCGCGGCGACGACGACGACGUCUCAACCUCCCUAUCCGCUCGUCUCUACCCCCUCUCUUUUCCGAUAUGGAUGCCGCAGUAACAGGGCUAUAUCCAUCGCACCGAUGCAAGACACUUCACCUGGUGAGGCAUGCGCAAGGAAUUCAUAAUGUGGAAGGAGAAAAGAACCACGACGCCUAUUUGUCGUAUGAUUUCUUUGAUGCUCACCUCACUCCUCUCGGCUGGCAGCAGGUUGGUAACUUGCGCAAGCAUGUCCGAGCAUGUGGACUUUCCGAGAAGAUUGAUCUUGUUAUCACUUCCCCUUUGAUGAGAACUAUGCAAACAGCUGUUGGAGUUUUCGGUGGUGAAGGCUAUACAGAUGGAAUAGUUGCACCUCCCUUGAUGGUUGCAAAUGUGGGGAAUAGUGAUCAUCCUUCUAUUUCAAGUCUCAAUUGCCCACCAUUUACUGCCGUAGAGCUUUGUCGAGAACAUUUGGGAGUUCAUCCUUGUGACAAAAGACGAAGCAUUAGCGAGUAUCGGCCACUCUUUCCUGCGAUUGAUUUUUCAUUGAUUGAGAAUGAAGACGACGUCUUGUGGACACCUGAUGUUAGAGAAAAGAAUGAGGAAGUUGCUGCUCGAGGAAUGAAGUUCUUGAACUGGUUGUGGACACGGGAAGAGAAGGAGAUUGCAGUUGUUACCCAUAGUGGGUUCUUGUUUCAUGCCCUUAGCGCCUUUGGAGAUGAUUGUCAUCCAUCGGUGAAGAGCGAAAUGUGCAAGCACUUUGCAAACUGUGAACUCCGUUCAGUUGUCAUUGUGGAUAGAGGGAUGACAGGAUCAAAUGCCUCGAGGACCAACUAUCCAGGAAAAAUUCCUGAUGGACUUGAUCUUCCAAGUGAUGUUGCCAAAGACAAGCACUAAAGGAAGGUCCAUGGAGGAUGCUAAACCAUUCAAGACUACGAAUGGUUUAAUUAGUCUCCCACGCUCUUGAUUCAAUUAAAGAUUUGAGAUGUGCAACGUGAUACCUUGGUGGGGAUCAGUUGCACCACACCAUUGACUCUGAACUUGUUAGCUGUCCUAGGUUACUUCAAAGUGCAUUCUUUUGGAGACCAGGUAGGAUAUGAAGCCAGGGAAAUAUUUAUACUUAGGUACCAAUUCAUGACAACAAUAAAAGGAUGCCGUGUCAUCUAUCUUCGCGCAAUUGAGGUUGCAUUUCGCUUCA